AUGGCCACUAUUCAAGCUUCUUUUUGUUCUGCUUCAUUUUCUUCAGCUUCCUCUAGAAAAACCAAAGCUACUCUUUAUUCCCAAAACUUUGAAUCAUCCCAUCUUUCAGUUCCCAGGCUCCUGGUUAAUGAACUGAAUCAAAGAAAUGGGUUACUCAACCUAACAGCCACUUCAUCUGAUUUAGACUUGAACCCAAAAUCUGAUAACAGAAAAGGAUCAAAUCUUGGUGACUCUAUUUCAGAUUCAAACUUAGUCCAAGAGCUCUAUGCAAUAAUGGAAAUAGUGGUUGAUAGAAUAGAAAUGCACAACAACAUUAAGGCUCAGAGGGACAACUGGAAUGGUCUGCUUCUCAACUCUGUGAAUGGGAUGACAGCCACAGCUGCAAUCAUGGCUGGACUAGCAUGUGUCUCUGGAUCUGGACCCUCCAUUUUGUCUCUCAAGAUCUCAUCAAGUCUCCUAUACAUGGCUGUGACUGGGAUUGUCCUAGUGAUGAACAAGAUCCAACCUUCACAGCUGGCAGAGGAACAGAGAAAUGCUUCAAGGCUGUUCAAAAAGCUUCAUGAAGAAAUCAAAACCACUUUGGCUAUCAAAAACCCAGUCACUUCUUUUGAUGUGAAAGUUGCAAUGGAAAAGGUUUUGGCUUUGGAUAAAGCAUUCCCACUUCCUUUACUGGGAACCAUGAUUGAGAAGUUUCCUCAAGUAGUGGAGCCAGCAGUGUGGUGGCCUGAGGAAGAACCCAAGUGCCAUGAUCAAAACAUGAGUGACAUGUUUGAGAGGAAUGGGUGGAAUGAGAAUCUUGAAGAGGAAAUGAAGGAGGUUUUGGGUGUGAUGAAGGGAAGAGACUCUGCAGAAUAUGCAAGGCUAAGCAAUAUGGUGUUGAAGGUCAACAAGUUCUUGGCUUUCUGUGGUCCUUUGCUAACUGGGUCUGCUGCAAUUGGGUCAUGUCUAAUUGGGUUGCCUGGUUUUGGGUCAUGGGGUGCUGCUUUUGGUGUGGUUUUGGGGGCUUUGGGCACUGUGGUUAACAGCCUGGAGCAUGGGGGUCAAGUUGGGAUGGUGUUUGAGAUGUAUAGAAGCUCUGCUGGGUUCUUCAAGCUCAUGGAGGAGACCAUCGAGUCAAAUUUGAAGGAAAGAGAGGUUGGGGAUAGAGAAAAUGGGGAGCUGUUUGAAGUGAAAGUGGCUCUUCAGCUUGGGAGGAGUUUGUCUGAGCUCAGAGACCUUGCAAGAGCUUCAUCUUUGUCUUCAAAAUUUCAACAGGCCAAAGAAGAAUGUGCAAGCAAGCUGUUUUGA